AUAAAAUGGUUAUACAAAUAAAACGUGUAUUAUCAAAAAAGCUACACUUUCGUUUAAACAUUGCAACACUAAUAAUAAUUACAAUGAUUAUACUGGCAUUUUAUUUAAUUAUGACAAAUAAAUGUUAUAAAAAAAAUAAUGUUAAUAAUAAAAUAAAUAAAACAAAAUAUAGAUUAUUAAUUGUAAUAUUAACAAGACCUGAUGGUAUGAAAAAUCGUGAUGCAAUAAGAAAAACUUGGUUGUCAGAUAAAAAUAAAAAUAUAAAAUAUUUAUUUGCAAUUGGAAACCUAGAUGUUCAACAAGAAACAAAAGAUACAUUAAAAUCAGAACAAGAUAAAUUUGGUGAUCUUUUAUUAUUAUCAAAACAUCAAGAUCAUUAUGGAUCAUUGAGUUUAAAAAUUUUACAAGCAUUUAAAAUGAUACAUGCUGAUUAUGAUUUUGAUUAUUUGUUAAAGUGUGAUGAUGACACAUUUGUUUUGACUUCAAGAUUAUUAAAUGAAUUGGAUUCUUGGGAAGACAGAGGAAGUAAAAAGGAAAUUUACUGGGGUUUUUUUAAUGGUAAAGCUCAAGUUAAAAGAAGUGGUCCUUGGAAAGAAGCUGGAUGGAAUUUAUGUGAUUAUUAUUUGCCUUAUGCUGUUGGUGGAGGAUAUGUGUUGUCUUAUAGACUUGUUGAAUUUAUUGCAAUGAAUGCUGAUAGACUGAGGUUGUUCAAUUCUGAGGAUGUAUCAGUUGGAUUGUGGCUGGCUCCAGUUGCCAAUAUUGAACGUAAACAUGAUGUUAAAUUUGACACUGAGUAUCGAUCAAGAGGUUGCUCAAAUAGUUAUAUUGUAACACACAAACAAAGCCCAGAAAAUAUGCAAAGUUUACAUGAUUAUUAUCAAAGCACUGGUGUAUUAUGCUCAAAAGAAAUUAGAAGCAGAAUGAGUUAUAAUUACAACUGGACUGUUCCACCAAGUCAAUGUUGUCAUAGACAAGCUGGAAUCAUUUAAUAAUUGACAAAUUAAUUCACUGUUAUCUUCUAGUCAUAGUAACACUUGCUUCCAAUUUUUUAACUUAAAAAAAACAAUAAA